AUGUUGCACUCCAAGAAGGAAAACAGUUGUAACAGCGAGUGGGUGGAGUCGCUGAAAUCCUAUGCUGGCGGCAUAGCCCUGCACCCAGACAGCUCUAUCUAUGACAUCGGCAUCGACUGGAUUGCACCCUACAACUCUACACAGCACAGUAUUGGCAUCCUGUUCAUCCGUUGUGCGGACAUGGACCCCCAUAACAAGGGCAAGAUCUGGAAUCAGGGUGUCAUCGCCAUCAUCCCCGGCCCCAGGAUGCCGUCUGUCCUCUGCGGGCGACUUUCCAUCGAGGUCUCCACCAUUGCGGGGCUGAUCACCGGUGUGGUCCCUGUCGGCAGUGUUCGGGCCGGCCCUUGCCGCCCCUGCGCCUGCACCGGGCGCGAGGGUUACGUGGCGCUACCGGUGUACAGUCGAGUCCCUUUUCUGCAAGCGUGUAUUGUUGUUGAUGAAAUCCUGUUGCCGCUGGCUGGUUCCGCAGGGUGGCUCGGUGGCGCUGGUGGGUCACUCUCCAUGUCGUCUGGCUGGCAGAAGGGGCAGACAGAGGAGGGUAGCUCGGAGGGUGGGUCGGACGCUGCACCACGUAAAAUCCACCCGUAAUCUCUGGGUCUUCACCCGUAAUUUCGCAUGUAAUUGGUUACAUGCGCCCGUAAUUCACCUGCAGCACCGCGUAAUAUUCAACCGUAAUCACUGGGUCUUCACCCGUAAUUUUGUGUGUAAUUGGUUACAUGUGCCCGUAAUUCACCUCCAGCACCGCGUAAAAUCCACCCGUAAUCACUGGGUCUUCACCCGUAAUUUCGCGUGUAAUUGGUUACAUGCGCCCAUAAUUCACCUCCAGCACCGCGUAAAAUGCACCCGUAAUCACUGGGUCUUCACCCGUAAAUGUUCACCUGUAUCCUUGUGCUCAAAUUACGGGACC